GCAGCGAGCAAACAGAAAAAAAGUUGUGCUCGUACGAGGUGGGUGUGCGCGUACAUCGUCCAUCCGGGAGAGUUCUUCUUGCAACAAUUUUGCACCUUUCCCGUUGAACCGUUUGCACUGCCAAAGUUUCCUGCGGACUGCAGGAAACCACAAAUCGGGGGAGCAAAAAAGCUCUCUCUCUCUCUCUCUUUCUCGCUGGAAGUGCAGCAGUUUGACCGUUUUGUGUGUUGUGAAGUGUUGUUAAAUUAAGAAACCAAAGUUCAGCCAAAGCAAUCUGGGCAGCAAGCGGGUAAGCGGCUGCCGAGUGUUGGUCGACUAAUUCCGAGAGGUUUCACCGCCGAGAGACCUCAUCAUCAGACCUGGUCGAAUUUGGAGUGUGUGUGUGUGUGUGGGGCGCAUCAGCGAUAGAAAGUGGCAAUCGAUGCAAUCGUGCGGAAAGAAAUGAAAAUGUUUAGCGACAGCAGUACGCGACCGGGAGCCGCCAGUGUGGCGUCCUCCGGCCGAACGCGAUCCGUCGCGCUUUGGUUCUUUGUUCCUCUGUUUGUCCUUGGGAGCUUGCUGAUUGAUCAGACGCAAUCCCAGACGAUUGGUGGAGAUGACGGUGGCAGUCAGUGUGUGUGGUAUGGUAUCUGCAACAUCGACUCACUCAACCGUGCUCAGUACUGUCCGUACAAUGGGACGGCCAAACCGAUCGACACGAAGGCAAAGGACCUGUUGAAGACGUGGUGUAAACAUCUGCUGGUUGAGGACGCUGCGGGCAACAUCAACACGUGCUGUGAUGCGGCACAGGUGGAAGUGCUAAAUAAAAAUGUGGCCCUCGCGGCCAACUUUCUCGCCCGUUGCCCCUCCUGCAUGGCCAACCUGGUGCGGCACAUGUGCGACUUCACCUGCAGCCCGCAGCAGUCCAGCUUCAUGAAGGUGGUAUCGACGGAGGAGGUCGAACCGAAGGAGGACGGCGAAAAGCCGGACCAGCCGGGCACAACGGUCGCUCCCGCACCGAAGGAAUACAUUACCAAAAUCGAUAUCCACAUUACGCAGCAGUACCUGAACGGCACGUUCGCAUCGUGCAAUCAGGUGUCGGUCCCGUCCACCGGUCAGCUAGCGCUCGAUCUGAUGUGCGGCGAUUGGGGUGCUUCGCGGUGCAGUGCCAAGAAGUGGUUCCACUAUAUGGGCGACGCGGAGAACAAUCUGUACGUACCGUUCCAGAUCGAUUACGUGGCGCACAGCUCGCCCAACGAAACGAUCGACGGUUAUCUGCCGUGGAAUCCUCGCAUCGUUCCGUGCAAUGAAAAGUUGGAUGCAAAUACACCGGCCUGUUCGUGUGUCGAUUGUGAAGCAUCCUGUCCCAAACCACCGCCUCCGCCAGGCCCUCCGCAACCCUUCGUCAUCUACGGUAUGGACGGGUACGCGGUCGUCAUGUUCGUGGUGUUUGUCGUGUGCAGCGGCCUAUUUUUGAUUGGUGCCUGCUUUUGCCAUUCGAGCACCGGUGCCGCGAGCGGCAGUGGCAGUGGAGCAAAGCUGUUGGUUAAUAGUGGUGACGCGCUACCAUCGGACCUGCGGUCCUCGGUGGGCCGCAGGCUGGCCGGUGGUCUCUCCUCUAACAGUGGCGAUCUGGGCACGGACCGGGAAGACUCACCCCUACAGUCAAAGCGAUCGAGUGCCACCUGGGACGGUGAACAGGAACUUCGGCCCCAUCCGUCCGGUGUUGGAGCAGCCGAUGAGGAUGACGAUGAGUCGGGCUAUUUCGAACGGCUCGGCGCAAAAACGGAAACCGCGCUGGAACACUUCUUUACCGCAUGGGGAACAACCUGUGCCAAACAUCCGUGGCUGGUGCUGCUGGGCGGUCUUAUCUUUAUCGUCGCAAUGGGUAUGGGCAUUAACUUCCUGCGUGUCACGACCAAUCCGGUGGAACUGUGGGCUUCGCCCCACUCACGGUCUCGCGUUGAGCGUGAGUACUUCGAUUCCAACUUUGAACCAUUCUACCGCAUCGAGCAGAUUAUCAUCAAGGCGGAGAACCUUAGCAACGUGAUGCACAACACCUCGAACGGUGUGAUCCAGUUCGGGCCGGUCUUCAAUCGACAGUUUCUGCUGGACGUGUUUGAGCUGCAGGAGCAAAUCAAGAAGCUUGCGGCGGUACGGGACGACGGAAGCAAUGAGACGGUCGGCCUGAAGGACAUUUGCUUUGCACCGCUCAGCUCGAGCAGUGGACCGAAGGAUGCGCAGGAGUGUGUGGUACAGUCGCUGUGGGGCUACUUCUCGGACGAUAUGGAUAACUUCAAUGAGGAGGAAGAGGACGCACAGGGCUUCGUGAUCAAUUAUCUGGACAAGCUGAUCCAGUGCUUUGGCAACUACUACAACCCUGGCUGCCUGGCACCGUACGGUGGACCGAUCGAUCCGGCCAUCGCACUGGGCGGUAUUCCUCAGCCCAAAACACCCGACGAGAAGGCUAGCUACGCGGAGGCGAACGCCGUCAUCCUGACGUUCCUGGUGCGUAACUACCACGACAAGAAUAAGCUUCAGUCGGCACUGGCCUGGGAAACGGAGUACGUGGCGUUCAUGAAGAACUGGACGCGCGAGAACAUGAGCAUUGCCUUCACGUCCGAGCGCUCGAUCGAGGAUGAGCUGGCGCGCGAAUCACAGUCGGACGUGUCGACCAUCCUGGUGUCGUACAUCAUCAUGUUCGCGUACAUCGCCAUCUCGCUGGGGCACGUGAACCAGUGGCGGCGGGCAUUGAUCGAUUCGAAGGUGACGCUCGGUUUGGGCGGUGUUGCGAUCGUGCUAGCGUCGGUAGUCGCAUCGGUCGGCAUUUUCGGCUACAUUGGCGUACCGGCAACGUUGAUCAUCGUGGAGGUGAUUCCCUUCCUGGUGCUGGCGGUCGGUGUGGACAACAUUUUCAUUCUGGUGCAAACUCACCAGCGUGAUACGAAAAAACCAACCGAAACGCAUGCCGAACACAUCGGGCGGAUUUUGGGACGCGUGGGACCAUCGAUUCUGUUGACAUCGGUCAGCGAGAGCUGUUGCUUCUUCCUGGGCGGAUUGUCCGACAUGCCGGCCGUGCGUGCGUUCGCCCUGUACGCUGGUAUGGCGCUGCUGAUCGACUUUGUCCUGCAGAUCACCUGCUUCGUCAGUCUGCUGGCGCUCGAUACGAUCCGCCAGGCGGACAAUCGGCUCGAUGUGCUGUGCUUCCUGCGCGGCUCGAAGAAGGAUAUGCCGGGCAGCAUCGGCGAGGGAUUGCUGUACAAGUUCUUCAAGAGCAUCUACGUGCCGUUCGUGAUGCGCAAGCCGGUCCGGGUGGCUGUGAUGAUUGUGUUCUUCGGCUGGCUUUGCUCGAGCAUUGCCGUCGCCCCGCACAUCGACAUCGGGCUGGACCAGGAGCUGUCCAUGCCGGGCGAUAGCUUCGUGCUGAAAUACUUCCGCUACCUGCAGCAGUACCUGAGCAUCGGGCCGCCGGUAUACUUUGUGGUGAAGAACGGACUGAACUACUCGACGAUGCACGAUCAGAACUUGAUCUGUGGUGGACAGUACUGUAAUCUGGACAGCUUGUCGACGCAGGUGUAUAUUGCGAGCAAGCAGCCCCAGUCGAGCUAUCUGGCACGGCCGGCAUCUUCGUGGUUGGAUGACUACAUCGACUGGUCCGGAGCGCCCGGCUGCUGCAAACAGUGGACGAAUGGAAGCUUCUGCCCACAUCAAAAGAGUGCCUGUGGUAUGUGCAACAUUACGCUAACCCCUGAAAAGCGCCCGGUAGAGGACAGCUUCCGGCAAUACGUGUCCUUCUUCCUCGAGGACAAUCCGGACGAAGCGUGCGCCAAGGCGGGUCACGCGGCGUACGGUAGCGGAGUAAAGUACCAGCCGGACGGACUGUCCCCCCUGUACAACGACGUCGGCGCAUCCUACUUUAUGGCUUACCACACGAUCCUGAAAUCGUCCUCCGACUACUACGAAGCGUUACGUUCGGCGCGUAAAAUUUCGGCCAACAUUACCAGCACGAUACAGGCGAAGCUUCGGCUGCAGGGCCGCAGCGAGGCGGACAUUCAGCAGAUCGAGGUGUUCCCGUACUCGGUGUUUUACGUGUUUUACGAACAGUAUCUGACGAUGUGGCCCGACACGCUCAAGAGCAUGGGCAUCUCGGUGCUGGCAAUCUUCAUCGUAACGUUCCUGCUGAUGGGCUUCGACAUCCAUUCGUCGCUGGUGGUAGUGAUCACGAUAACGAUGAUCGUGAUCAACAUCGGUGGGCUGAUGUACCACUGGAACAUUUCGCUGAAUGCCGUCUCGCUCGUGAAUCUCGUAAUGGCGGUUGGCAUCAGCGUCGAGUUCUGCUCCCAUCUGGUGCACAGCUUCUCCAUGUCGGUGGAGGAAACGCGCGAAAAGCGGGCGGCCGAUGCGCUCACCAAGAUGGGUAGCUCCGUCUUUUCCGGCAUCACGCUCACCAAGUUCGGCGGCAUCCUGGUGCUCGGUUUUGCCCACAGCCAAAUCUUCCAGGUGUUCUACUUCCGGAUGUACCUGGGCAUUGUGCUGUACGGUGCCGCCCACGGGCUCGUGUUCCUGCCGGUGCUUCUAAGCUAUAUCGGCGUGAUGCACCGCCGAAGACGCUCCAACAACGAUGUCUCCAACGAUGGCACACACCAACACCACCCCGGUGCUAAUGAGAUCGAUUCGGAGCCGAAUAUGGAACAGGAUGCAGCGUACUAUGACGAGCGACAAUCUCCCGACCACAACCACCACCACGACUACGAUGAGCCGGCCAACCAUCAGCGAGCGGAGCAGCCGCACUAUCCUGUGCUUCGCCAGGAACAGGAAACCCAAAGAGGACGAGGAGGACACAACCGGCCAACAGCAAGAGCCGGACGAACAGCAACCGGCGGAGGAGCAGCAGGACCCAGCAACUACACCGGAGCACGGCAACCAACCACCACCCUUGAGGUCCACGCCCAGCACGACCUUCCUCCGGGUGAGGAUACGGACGAGCUUACCGAGCCUCUUCUGCAGCAAGCAUCCCCCAGCAUCCAGUGCGCCCCGCACGGAUCUCUAAAAGAGGACGCCACCGGAGGACCGAAACCAGCAUCUACAGCGGCACCACCAGCAGCAGCACCACCAACAUCGAAGCUUUCCCCCUCGUCAUCCAUCUCAUCUUCCUCGCUGUCGUCGAAAACUUCCAAAGCGUCUAAAACGUCCGCCAAACGGAAUCGAUUGCGCAAGAGCCGGUCGAAGGAUGCGCAGACGGAAAUCGAGCACCCGAAAGCGCCGCUAGUGGUGGCAGAAGAUUCGGAAGAUUUAGAUGGUGAGGAGGAGGAGCAGCAGGAGGAGGAAGAGGAUGGGGUGAAGGAGCAUGGAGAGGGAGCGCUUGAAACAUACAACAGCAACAGUGAAGCCGUCAUGAUGGAUAAUGAAGAUCGAAGGACGAUCAAGUCCGCCUCGUCUUCGUCGUCCCGGUCGACGAUGGUUCCACGGGGACGAUAAGUGGACUUGGUGGGCUAAUGGCUAAUGGAGCAGGGCAUUAGCGCGAUGACAAAUCAUUGCAGAAAGGAUCAUUUCCCAAUGAGAGAGGGAUUGAGGCUUUGAGUGCGAGGGAAAUAGUUUAGUAUAAAGGGAUAAUUCCAUCGCAAAGCGAGUGGUUUAGCAAGCGUGUUUUCCUAGGACAUAAAGCAGUUGUCCACAGGUAUGCAAGCAAUGGGCCAGUUUAAAGAAAACAAACCGGUCCGAUCGUUUCAAACAUGUGGGCAAUGGUUGUCCACCGGCCAAGAAAAAGAUGGGGAACAACAGCCCUAUUUUUCCGUCUCCCGUACCCCAACUCUAUGAGAUGUGGGUACUGCUCGGCACUAUACUGUAGCGGAAAAUCACACACUUCUGGUCUGGAGGUGAAGAGAGCUUGCAUUGCAGACCAAAAAAGAGGUUUCCCUCGGCAGAGAGAAGCCGCCAGAAGCCAUUAAUCAAAUCCACUUUCAAAUUCAAAGUAAGUAACGGAAAACCACCCGACGUGUCGGUGGUGGUGCGCUCUUGCUGCCUGCCAUUCCGGUACCGGUUCUAGCUAGUUACUAACACUAACAACAGAUAGUUUUCUAUAUUUGUGUAGAAGUAGCCACCAACAACAACGAAACGCCUAAAGGGUUGAAUAGCAGAGUAUCAGGAUAAUCACCUUAAAAAGGAAGAAAAUGGAAGAAGAAUUGUACCAGUUUGUAUACAUUUGUGUGUGCGUGUGUGUGUCCAGAUGAAUAUUCCUAUUCCUGUAACUAUAAUCAUAUUUGUCCUCGUACGAAAGGGAUACAAGGAGUGCGCAGAUAAUCUGUGCUAUAUCAAGCACACCACCAAAAAACCAACCAGAAUGGCGGCAAACGAAAAACAGAGAUGCGAAGUGUGGGGUGCGAAGUUUUAACUGUUGUUCGUACUGCGGGAAAGUAUAGUGUCGGCCGGAAAUGGAUGGAAGGAAGAAAGGAAGGGAUGGGAUGGAGAUGCAUAUUGUUUGUUGGUUGUUAUCGGGUUGUUUAGUGUGCUCUGUUGUUGAUGGGUUGGCUAGUGAAUGAUGGAAGCGGAUGCGGUGUGUUCCUGCGGUGCGCUAGGUGCAUGUGUAUAGUAAGUAGAUAACGUAUGUUUAUAAUGGUUGGUUUGGGGGGUUCGCUGACUGGCUUGACUGCAGACGCAGACAUGUGCAACAAAAAUAGGAAAUUGAUGUCUAAAAAAACACAGCUACUCGGAUACACUCUUGUGCGCAAGGGCGGGAAGCUAGCUUAAUCUUUCGAGGGAAAAAACCGGAUGUGGCAUGUACAAAGGCAUACAAACGCAGGUGUAUUAUAGAGAGACAUAGCGCGAGCGUAGAAUAUGAGUCCGCCGAGAGGAGCUCGGAGUGUGUACGUUGGUUUAGGCAAAGAGAGUAUCAGGAGUUCAAGGAAUGGAAGACACACAAUCUAAUGAAUUAUUUUCUAUCUCUAGCUAGAGAGCAGCUGUUGCUAGUGUUUUUUAAUCCAACCGAAAGACGGUUGCGAGUUGAAAGGAUGUACCAGCAAAACCGACUCUGUGACUGUGAUUCAUUUGUCCGUACCGGAAGGUGUAGUAUGAGUAAUUUUCGGGGCACCCCAUUACCAAACAGUUUCGCGCUGUUUUGGAAAGGAAGCACGAAUAUUGUCUGAUUGGCAGUAUGUCCGUUGACGUACGCAUCUGUUCCUACAAUCUCCAAACACACACACACACACACCCAACUCCAAACUCAGCAAAUAGACAACAUUUUCCGGUGCCUUGCAAUCUUGACGCGAACUCUCGUUAGGAUAUCGCUAAACUGUGUGGUGACGGGAAACGAAACGAAGGUGGACACGAAGGAUGAUUGUGUUUGUCGGUACGCUAGUUCUGUUCCGUUUCCGGUGGGGGGGGGGGGGGUGGGAUACAUGUACGCCGCCUUCCCAAACUAAAAGAGCUUCUUGUGAUUCCAUAUUUUACUAAAGCAAAAGAAAAAAAAAAAGUAUUCUCUAGGCAGGGCAGUUAGUUGCGCUUAUCCUUCCUAAUCGAUGUUUAAGAUUACUGGUCCAUCCUUACUAUUUUAUUGUUAAAGCAAGCACACACCACCACCACCACGCCCAUGCGCGCUUUUCUCGCCUAAUGCACGCCUGAAGGGGGGAUGGGGUUGGGUGGGGUUGGGGUGUAGUAAAUAGGCGGCGGCGAGGGGUAUGUUCAGCUUAGAAUAUGUUUCGUUAAUGGCACGAUAGAAUUUAAAUUCGUUUCGCUCAUUCCGUUCCGUGACUGCACACUAGACUGUGCAGCCGAUGGGUGUUAGGCGUGGCGCUUAAAGAAAGAGGAGAGAAGAAAAUAUUACCCCUCCCCCUCGAGUAUACAUGUCUCAGAUGAUUAUGAAUGUUAGUGUAAUUUUAGUUAGGGUCCACUGAUUUUUUUUAAAAAACGACAGUUACGGCAGCGGCAUUACAAGGACGCCCUACAGCCCGGUCCCGUCUUAGCUGUUAGCAUGUUACGUGUAUACCGCUGAAUACGCCCAUCGCUCGUUCCUGUUUGUAAUCGAUGUAACGGAAUCCACUUUUUCCUUCCAGCCAAUAAUGUUGUUUCCUUUCUCUUGCGUGCGGUUAAACUCUCUCUCUCUCUCUCUUUCUCAGUUUGUUAGCUAGAGUUGCGCAGUAUAAAAGAGAAGUUGGAGUUAGGGCAGUGGGAGGGGAAACGGCGUUGAAGGAGGCGCAACACAUUUGUAUAGGAGGAAAGUGUUUCGAGGUGUAGGCGACGGUAAAGUGGAAAUGUGUAAUAUAGUUAGACACUUGGGGCAGGUAUAGAGGAAAUGGAUCGGGCGAAGUGAGGGCGAACGUUAAUUCAAACAUUCAAAAACCCGGUUUAUGAGUUAUUGCAGUGAUUAUAUAUGUAUAUGUAACACACACACACUAACUCUCUCACACACAAGCACCCCAAAACACUUAUCCCCGGCCAUGGGUAAGCUUACCACGAUGAUAAGUGCUUUACGUUUGCUCAGUUUAGGAAACAAUAAUGCUUAUUUAUCAUUCUAGAGGGCCAAAACAGGGUGCAAAGGGGGGCAAACCAAAGCUUCUUUCCCCUUGUUUUCCGGAAGUCUGUUUUGCAGCAAAAAUUAUCUUUGAAUCUGUAUGGCACUUUUAUUUUGGGUGUAAUAAUUUCUUGCUGCUACUGCUGCUUGUGUAUAGAGCAACAGCAUCAUGCCCAAUACAUUCUUAAAAAGAAAGAAAAAGAACUAAGAAUAAAACAGGGGAAAAUAUUGUGUGAAAAGAUGUGUGUGUGUGUGUGAGAGAGAUGUCAAGAGGGGAAAGCGAUGACGAAUGUAAAUUAAAGGAGUAAAUAAAUAAAGGUUAAUAAAAUUGUG